ACAGCCAGGCGCAGUUCGGUCCCAGUGGAAAGCUGUCGCCGAGUCUUCGGAGUUAAGAAACACGGAGUCUGAGACCAACUGUGAUUUGGGGCUAUCAUGGCGAUUAUAUUAAUAUAUUAUCACAGGAAUAUUCCUUCUUACUUGGGAUUGGGGGCCAGAGUACUACUUCUCCUGUUUUUCUUUACCGGAGUGAUGUGUAACGAGGUGCUGGUCCCGAGGAACAUCGAUGCUGUGCUGGGGAAGAACAUCACCCUAGGAUGUCAGAUACAGGUGGGGUCCAACCUCAGCCUGACACAGAGCUCGUGGGAGCGCCGUGUGGCUUCAAGCACUGUCACCCUGGCCGUAUACAACCCCGAAUUCGGCACCUCCAUCACAGACGAGUAUGUAGGACGCCUCUCCUUCCUGUCAGCAUCCAGGCAUGAUGCUACGGUCCUGCUGGAGAACGUGGACUUUGCUGACGCCGGGGUCUACACCUGCAAAGUGGCCACUUUUCCAAUGGGCAAUAAGCAGGCCUCCACAACCGUCAACAUUAUGGUGGAGCCCAAGGUGUAUGUGUCAGCGAGCUCCGCCCCGUUACUGGAUGGGGGGAAUGAGACAGUGGUGGCCACGUGCAGAGCAGAGCGAGCCCUGCCCCCCGCCGAGGUCUCCUGGGAGUCUGACCUGUUCGGCCGCUCCCAGGAACACCAGCAGAAGGAAUCCGAUGGCACCGCCACCACGUGGGUCAGCUACAGCUGGCGGCCCACACGUCACACCCAGAAGCUCUCCCUCACCUGUGUGGUGCGGCACCCUGCACUGCAGACGGAGUUACGAUCGACUCACUGGCUCAAUGUGCAAUUUGCUCCUGAAAUCGUGCUUAAAUCCAUUGGGGACUGGCUUGUUGGAGGAACAGACUCUCAUCUGCAGUGUCGAGCCAAUGCUAACCCACCUGUCGGCUCCCUAACCUGGUCCAGGUUGGAUGGGCCUAUGCCAGAGGGAGUGGAUGUGGUAAACGGCACCCUCUAUUUCAUGCGGCCCCUGCAGCAGAAUGAUUCGGGAGUGUAUCGCUGCACGGUUGAGAACGACAUUGACACGAGGAGCAGAGAGACUCGCGUCUGGAUCCGAGACCCCCCUCCCACCACAGCUGCAGCUCCUACCACUCCCGCACCCCUCCAUCCUAGUGGCGGCUUCUCCCACACUCCCCCCACCAAGCAGCGUGCUCAGUUCAGCUCCCCAACGCUGGGCUCCUCUCCCGACACCAGCCUGGGCGCCAUCGUGGGUGGAAUCAUCGGUGGUCUUCUGCUUUUGGUACUGCUUCUGGUGCUGGUUGGCAUCUGCUACAUGCGACAGCGGCGUACCUUCCGGGGAGACUAUUAUACCAAGCAGUACCUGGGCCCAGCCGACAUGCAAAAGGAGCCCCAGCUGGACAUGCUGGAACCCCACGAGCUGCAGGAGGUAUAUGGGGGAAAUGACUUGACAAAGGAUAGUCCGGACCUGAAGCCCAAGGCUGCCGGGGACAUCAUUGACUCAGAAUACAAGGAGAGGAAAGACCGGGAGGACUGGGGCGACAGCAUUCGCGGCAGCCGAAGGAUGCAUGGAGAGGAGGACUAUUAUCCCAACCACCACAGCUCCCACAACAUGUACCCAAGGGAGAUUCCUAUGCCCUUACCAAGUGUGAACAAUGGCUCCCCCUACAUGUCGGAGGACUUCUAUGACAGCGGUACGGACAGCGAAUAUGUUUCCCACCUUGAUGGAUCGGUCAUUUCUCGUAGGGAAUGGUAUGUGUGAUAGAGGAGAAAAUGGGACUAAGACAGUAAUUUAAGUAGUAUAAAUGCAGAAUUAAAUUAUCAAAUUAUUUGGAUGGAUGCAAUAAGUAAGACAACCAAAAUUCAGGGGGAAUAUGCUCUUUCUUUCAUUGGCGUGAACUGUAUGUAAUCGCCAUUGACCGAUUAAUGGCAUUAUUCUGCUUUACCUGGCUGGGUUUUAUGAGUAUUAGCAGAAGACUGGUGUGUUGCUGUCAGAUGUCACUUGACAAACUUGCACACCUACUCUUGUCAUUUUGCUGUUUCAAAUCGUCUUUUUAAUUUGUGUUUGAUCUUCACAGCCAAUAUGUACUUAUGUGCUAAUGCUGCAUUAAUAUAUGACAUUUUGAACUCUACACAAAGCUGUAUUGACCAGAUGAUGGACAUGGUUCUUUCUUUUGAUUAAAUUGUCAUGUUCCACAUUAUAACUGCGAAGUACAAGGGAAGGAUAAAGUGAGAGAGCCGAUGGGAGCUAGACUUUUAGACUGAGGGUUCCCCAGGAGCGGAACUUUAGGUACAUAUCCUGACUCGCUUUAGUAAAUGUGCAGCUGUAUAAACUAUAAUUUAGUGACGUUAGAUCACUUUAGGACAAGCCAGAAAAAAAUGCCGUUCUUCUUCUCUGUGUUUUUUUGGAAACUCUGUGCCAUAAGCCUGAGCCCAGCGGUUCCCGUCUGCAGGGUCUAAGGCUCUUCCUUGCAUCACCCCAUGCCAGACGAGUUAAUAGUGCAUUUUGUGUUUCCCUAACCCGUUUCUGUAAAGAAGGGCUGUGUGCCACCUCCUGUUGGUUUGUGGCAGAGGACAUUCAAAGCGUCUGUGGUUUUCACUUGUUAUUGAACAUCGAUAAUGGUUUUGGUUUCGGUUUUGAAGGGCACUGGCUGACUUUUUAAUUUGCCAAUUUAUUUUUGAUCCCCUGCCCCACCUUGUCGCCAGCUGUCCUGACACUCCCAUCCCUGAAAGUUCAGAUGUCCCAGAAUAAACUGGGGUACAUUUGAUGCGAGCUCACACAUCUGCUUCAUGGUUUGCCCCACCUAUCUUCAAAGAGGCUUUUUUGCUCCGAAUGGAAGCUUUUUAAUUCCGUCUAGAUGUCCUGGUGUGUUCCCUCAGUGAUGUGUUCAGUGGCUAUGAUCGGCAGCUCCACUAAUGCUUUUUAGCCGCUAUAAAAGUUCCAUCCAGACCCCCAGCUGUGAGGGAGAACAGAAAAAUAAACGUCUAAAUUACAGUAAUAUUAGCUUCUGGCUAACUAUUCACUGCAGGUGAUUCCAUCUUUUUAGACUGUAUUUGCUAGAUUUGACAAUCCUCACUUUGUUUACACACUGUGUAUCUGGAAUGCAUACUCUUCUGCAGGGAAACCAAUGUGUACACUUCCAUUGUUUAUACUUCUACCUAGGGUGCAUGCAUUGAUUCAUUAAUUUAUUCAUUUGUUCAUUCAUUCUUUUAUACAUACAUGCAUUCACAUUUUCAGCAUGACAUGAAGAAUCCAGGGACAAAAGUUUGACCAUCACAAUCCACUGUGAACUUUUUUUUUUCCUGCAUGCCUGGAGUAAAAGUAGUUGGAAUUUAAACAUUUUGUUCAAUAAUGAUGAUAGAAUGUAACAUUUAAAUUAUGAUUCUUGAAUUCUGGGAAGAGAACAGGACAUACGGUACUGUGCAUCUUCUGAGGCAUUGUGGUGCUUUAGCUCUUGCUAUUUUAGUGUUCAGCUGGAAGGAUUUUGCAUUGUAUUUCUUUUCCCCAUUAUAAUAUUUAUGGUGUGCACCCAUACAUACGCAGUUGUUUAAGUCUUGAGUGAACAAGAUCACAUUGACAUACAUCAAUGAGACUUGGUCAUCCAUGGAAUUAGCCUGUAGCUGGUUUCCAGUCUUGGUCAGGGAUCCUCAACUGGCACCAGGUUUUUCCUGUGCUAAGGAGACUAGGAAUUAUGUGCCUAUAAGUAUAUGUCUUUCAAGAUGAUGAUGAUGGUGUGGCGGUGAUUAAAAAAUGCACAGUAGAAUGUAUGAGUAAAAUGAUUAUGAGGAUGUGGUUAUUCUGUGGAGAGCAGACAAGUGUUGGGGAACGAUAAGGGAAAUUUGUGCUUUAAUUGUUUGCCUUCAGAGUGAAAAUGUGUCUACAGUAACUAUCCCAGGGACUUUGUGAUGUUAUUUUUUGUACCAUAGACAGACAUGGAAACAAACUUUUUGUCCUCAGUAAAUGACAUUUGCAGCACCCAAGUUGCAAUGCACCUGAUCUAUGGGCUAUUUAGCAGACUAAUCUGCCAAAGUUUUAAGGAUUGCUUGUAAAUAUUUUUUCUAAAGCCUAUAUGUUUGUGCAAAGCCUAAUUCUGUUUAAAAUUCUGUUCCUGUUUAUUGUAUGGAUAUAUUGAUUCGCCACUUUUUUCACUCCUUUAUUAUUCUGUAAAUAACUAGAAAAAAAUUGAUUUGCUGAAAAAAAUGAAACUGGAAAAAGAAACAUGCUUUUUGUUACAUACUAUAGAUAGUUAAAUUUUAUGUUUGGAAUAAAGAAUUGAAGCAUUUUUGUGAGCAAUGUUUUGCAGCAGUUUCCCCCGUCCCCCCAUACUUCAGGGUCUGUGUCUCAUUGCACUGUAUCCAUUUGCAAAUGUCUGCCAACCUACAAUUUUCAUCAGAUGGAAGACUGUGGUUCUGUGAUUCUCUAAGCUGUGCGCAGGGGGUGCGUUGAGACUGCCAUCACCCUUCUGAUUUGCCCUUCAUACAAAACAACUGUCAGACACUAAAAUGAAACUUUAGCUCCACAUAUCCUGCUUGGGAUCUGUCCCUUCCAGCUUUGUGGAUAUGUUGAAGAACCAUGAUGUCCUCGUAACAACCUCUCCCGUCUCUCCCACCCACACUGCCUGCAUUCUUUCCUCUGUUAGAUCUUCAUGUCUUCUUGACUUCCUCUGUUAGGCAGCUUUGUUUCUGUGGUUUUGUGUCUGGAUGAGUGUUUAGAGCAGAAAUCCAGGGUACUAUUCACCAGUAUUCAGAUCAAACUGCUUGUGCACUAAUGCUCAGAACUUUACUUAAGUAUCAUUUGUUCCCCAUGGCAACAGGCUUAUAGCAGUAUGAGUGGCCAGCUUGCCCCUUACUGUAAAUAGCCCAAUACCAGCACCUUCUCUCCUCUUCCAGUUAGGAGCUGACAUCCCAAAAAAGCAAGAUUUCCAGACUGAUAAACUUCCCCCAAGUGUACCUAUAGUGAAUUAUCUUGCCUUAGCAUGUAUCGAACACAAUAGUCAAUAGUAGGGUUGUAUUCAUUAGGUUUACCUGGUUGAAACAAAGAGAAACAAUAUUAUUGUACACUGGUACACUGGCCCAUUCUUCAUGCAGUGUAGGUACAGUGCUGUAAUCUGCCAGGCUGGUGCUUCAUGGGUCUCUUGCUCGUUUAUUUUGCUUUGAACUCAGUUAGUUCAAACCUUUGAUGUUCAUACCUGCUGUCAUUAAGCAGCCGCUGCUGUGUCUGUACACUACUAGUUAUAGUCUGUCUGGGAACAGUUUGUCUUAACUGCUCUUUGUAGCAGAAUACUGAAGGAAAACCCGUAAUUGUUCAUCUUUUCUGCACUUGCUGAAACAUACUCAGACCUCUCUGACUCCUCGUCCAGCUCCACACGCUAGACGGCUGCCCAGCCUGUCCUCUUGCUGCUUCCCUUUCUCACAAGGUUUACAUUAUUUCUUCCAAGCCUGUUUACUCUGUCUAUCUGGGUGAAGUGAAGCCCAUGUGUCUGCUUUGCCCCUCCAUGCACUGGCUACAUGCCCAAGCUGUAGGUCUCAUGUUGUCCUUCCCAGUGCUAAUACCACAUUGCUACUGGAUUGUUUCCCAAAAAAAGCCUUAUUCUUGACAUUUUUCCAUGUUCUUCUUGAUUAUCUUAAAUAGCCAUAGCAGCAACAUAUAAGGAAAGCAAGUAUUGCAAUGACAUCCAAAUUCUUGAAAUAUAUGUGUAAUGUUAUUUCGACAAAGGGCUGUUUGUUUUGUUCCUCUCAGUCCAAAUGCCUUGAAUAAGUAAUGCAAGUAAAUUUAUACUUUUUUUAUACCUAUAAGGUGUGUGUCUAUAUAUUGUGUCUAUAUACUGUAUGUAACCUAUCUGUCUAUAUAUAAAUGAUAUAUAUAAUUUUUUUUUUGCCACCAUACUCCCCAGAAGUGAUUAUUACUACAUUCUACAUUUCUGGAUGCCUGCUUAAAGUGUUACUGCAGACUGCAUGCUUGGUUAAGUAACUUACAUCACGUUGCUGAGCUCACUGCUGCUGUCUUUGCACCUGUGUCUGACUGUUAGCUUCUGCAGUAGCUCGCAUUGCUGCAUUUUACAAUGUGAAGGAUUCCGUAGCUUCGUGUCAUUUAUAAGUUAUUAACUGGCAUCGUGGUCGGCAAAGAGACCGUGAGAACGUUCUUGGUCCCUGUGGCCAGCCUUGGCUAGUUGUCCUGGGUGUGUACUUAAUUAUUUAUACUUAUUUAUUUUUUAAACUUUAUUUGUCUCACAUAUCAUUCCCAUGAUCUUGACCUGGAUAAAUGGUUGCAGGGUGGAUAGAUAGAUUACCUUUAGCGAGUAGAAUCCCAUCCAAAACUUCUCACCCUGUCUGGUGUCCUAUGACAGGACCCAGGGUGUAUGGAUGGUAGAUGGAUGGUAUAUUAUAGUUUUAUGAAGUUGUUAUAUGUGUAAUAUGAUCUACUUUUUCCAUAUUAAACUUGACCAGUAUUAAGCUAUA